ACAUACAAACAAAACAUUACAACUGGUGUGUCAACAUAACAUAAAAUCGUCUUGUCUGUUUGUGAUUAUGUUCAAUUAAUCAAAUUAAGUUGAAAUUCAAUCUUUAAUUAUUUAUAAAUUUUAUUUACUAAAAUUGAAAUUUUCACAUUGAACGUUUCUUGAGCUUUAACUGUAGUGAAGUGAAAAAUGACAACUAACUUUGAUAUCAAAUUGAAACGCUCUAAUAAAAUAUUUCACCAAGGUGAAAAUUUAACUGGUGUUAUCAGCUUUGACUGUAAAAAUGAGUCUCGUCACGAAGGGAUCGCUUUGACAGUUGAAGGAUUGGUCAAAAUGCAAUAUAGUUCCAAGAAUGUCGGGAUUAUUGAUGCCUUUUACAAUUCAGUCAAACCAGUGCCAUUAAUAAACUAUUCAGUUGAGAUCGCUAAAGGUGGUUAUUUACCGGCAGGAAAGACUGACAUUGCGUUUGAACUUCCUCUGCGUCCAAAGACUAACAAGACCCUUUACGAAACAUAUCACGGAGUAUUCAUAACUAUUCAGUAUUUACUUCGGUGUGAAGUUAAAAGAUCCAUGCUAAACAAGGACUUGUCCAAAUGUGUCGAGUUUAUGAUUGAAACAGAAAGGAAAGAUACAGAACCGGUAACUUCAGAAACAAGGCCUACCAGUUUUACAAUCACUCCAGAAUCGCUCCAGAAUGUCAAAGAUAAACGUAAAGUUCCUUCCUUUCGUGUUAAAGGUACACUUAGCAACACUAUUUGCAAGCUAACCGAUCCUUUUACCGGUGAACUCGUUAUCGAAGAAUGUGAAAUCCCAAUUAGAAGUAUUGAAUUACAAUUAGUCCGAGUUGAAACAUGUGGCUGUGCUGAAGGUUACGCUCGAGAUGCAACUGAAAUACAAAACAUUCAAAUCGGAGAUGGAGACAUUUGCCGCGGAGUUCCUAUUCCAAUUUAUAUGAUAUUUCCCCGUCUAUUUUCAUGCCCAACUCUUAUAACUAGCAACUUUAAAAUAGAAUUCGAGGUGAACGUGAUUGUUAUAUUCGAAGAUAAUCAUUUGAUUACUGAAAAUUUUCCCAUCAAAUUAGUUCGAUUUUGAGCGUGUCAAAGAUACACUUAUUGCCACCGAAUAAUGAAAUACAAAUGAACGCAGGCAGUCUAAAAAUCAAUUGCAGCCUGGAGCAGUUUGAUAUUUUUGAUACUUUUUUAAAUUAAGAAACGAAUGUAUUGUAAAAAAUGAAUCUUUAAGAUAAUUUUUAAACUAAUAAUUUUUUGGAGGCUAAAUCAAUUGAAAAUAUAAAUAUGAUUUAAGAAUAUGAAAAAUAAUCAAAUUUCCACUAAUAAAAAACAUCCAAAUGUGCAAUCAAUUAUUUUUUUGAAAUGAGUUAAUCGUCAAUCAGCUCGUGAUUUUAAUUACUGCAUAAAUGACUAAACCUUGCAUAUUAUUUUGUCAUAAUCUAAUUUAACAGAAAACACAAUGUGAUUCAAUACAUCAUAAAUUCAAUUAAAUUUAGCAAUGGCAAGAGAUGUACAUGAAAAAAUUGAUAUAAAUUAAAAGUAAACUCGUGUUUACAUUCAUAUUGAAUUGAAAUCUUUGUGAAAUUAUUUUAAAAUUUUGAAAAAUGAACUACUUUUUAAUUGUUACCGUUUUGUCUCUAUCAUUGAGUGAAUUACUGAGUGCAACUAGUAACCACCAAAUUGAACCUGAACUAUCUUCUGGCGAGUAUAUUGUCCCAUCAAUUGAUCCACAGUCCACCAUUGAUGCACAUGGUACUUCAGAGUGUAGUCUUACAUUGAAAGCACACUCAUCUAGAGUUGACUUCAAUGUUAAAGUGAACGUUGAAAAUGCUUCAACAGUUUCAGUGGUUCUUCAAAAAUCCUAUUCAAUCGAGUUAACUGUAACUUGUGAUUUGUCUAUGAAUACACUUGAAGCAUACCUUAAAGGUGGGCCCAUUACUCAAGAUGUAACCAGUCUGGUGAAAGCCAAAAAAAGUGAUGAAAAAAGUUGUUCUUGGAGUAUUCCUUUGAAAUUGCGAACCAAAUCAUUGUCUGUUAACCUUAAAGAUGGUAAUUCCGCUGUGUCCAUUUAUUUAAAUGGAAAUCCUGUUUACUUCGAAAAUGAUAUUUCGUUUCGAGGAUUGUCAACGGAAUUAAUAAUUAUCAUUGCGAUUUGUUGUGUCGUGUUUGGUAUCCAUUUAAUUGUAGCUUUAGUGUGGUUAUUUAGAAGGUACAGGUCAAAGGAUGAAUACCAAAGAAUGUAGUUUUGUUGAUUAAUUACAAUAAAAAUUAUUAAAAAACGA